CGCACAAGACGUCAACGUUGAGGAAAGUCUCGUUCACGCGCCGGUGUCAGCCGGGAGUGUGAAGAAGUCGCUAGCCGGAAAACUCUUCUCCUCUUCGGGGGUGAAAGUCGUGGGCUCCACGCACCCGUAAAACAGGGUCCUCUUCCAGAGCACCAUUUUUUUUUUACCCCCUACCCUACUCCCUUUUUGUUUUGUUUUUUCAUUACUGUUGUUUUCUUGAGGAUAAGAGAAAACUUCACUGUCCAAGAGCCUUAAACGGUAGUUUACAUGGUCUGGGUUCAGACUGUGCCUUUUGACGGACAACAACCUCGUGGCUCCAUCAGAUCACAAGAGGAAAUAUGAGCUCAGCCAAGCCCAGUGGGAUCAAAGGGCCCAGUAAGAUAGCCAGACCACUUGGGACAGGCGCACCUAAGACCAGCCCCAGCACAGGAACUAAGGCUGCACCGGCAGAAAAAUUAGCCGCCGACGUAGAAGAUGCCCUUAGUGCCGGCGAUGCCUUCAGGAUGGGGGAGCGAGUUUGGGUGAAUGGGAACAAGCCGGGGUGCAUCCAGUUUUUGGGAGAGACACAGUUCGCCCCUGGACAGUGGGCUGGCAUCGUUUUGGACGAGCCCAUCGGAAAGAAUGAUGGUUCUGUGGCCGGUGUGCGCUAUUUCCAGUGUGAAGCCUUGCGGGGGAUAUUUACCCGUCCUUCUAAGCUGUCCCGCACGGAAGGGGAGGCCAAUGGAACUGAGACGGCACCAUCGUCCCGCGCCGCAUCCCCCACCCCAUCGGUGGGCAGUGUCUCCUCCCAAGCGCAAGCACCAAAAUCAGCACUUCCCUCAUCAUUAGCAGCCAAAAAGGCCUCAACCCCUGCGCGACCUGCGCCCGCUACGCCACCUUCUAACUUGGCUUGUACGAACAGUGAAUCCACCUCCAACCUCUCAGAUUGCGGAUCAGUCAAGAAGGGAGAGCGGGAGCUGAAGAUGGGCGACCGUGUGUUGGUUGGCGGAACCAAGGCAGGAGUGGUCCGUUUCUUGGGAGAAACAGAUUUUGCCAAAGGCGAGUGGUGCGGCGUAGAACUGGAUGAACCUUUGGGAAAAAAUGACGGGGCCGUGGCAGGCACAAGGUAUUUCCGGUGCCAACCAAAGUAUGGCUUAUUUGCGCCAGUGCACAAAGUCACACGCAUUGGCUUCCCUUCCACCACGCCUGCCAAGGCAAAGACGACGGUUCGUAAAGUGGUUGCCACCCCAACAGGGUUGAAGCGAAGCCCCAGUGCCUCCUCCAUCAGCAGCAUGAGUUCCGUGGCCUCCUCUGUCAGCAACAAGCCAAGCCGCACAGGCCUGCUAACAGAGACGUCGUCGCGGUACAAUCGCAAGAUUUCAGGCACCACGGCCUUGCAGGAGGCGCUGAAGGAAAAGCAGCAACACAUUGAGCAGCUUAUGGUGGAGAGGGACAUGGAGAAAGCCGAGGUUGCCAAAGCCACGGGCCAAGUUGGGGAGAUGGUGCAAGAAAUCACGCUGCUCAGGGACGACCAGGAGCAGUUACGUGCCUUGGUAGAAGUGGCAGACAAAGACAAAGUCGAUCUGCUGAACCAGCUUGAGGAGGAGCGUAGAAGGGUUGAGGACCUUCAGUUCCGUGUCGAGGAAGCAUGCAUCACCAAAGGGGACUUGGAGACGCAGACCAGACUGGAGCAUGCCCACAUUAAGGAGCUUGAACAGAGCCUGCACUUUGAAAAGACCAAAGCUGAGAAGCUCCAAAGGGAGUUAGAAGACACUAGGGUUGCUACGGUGUCUGAAAAAUCCCGUAUCAUGGAGCUUGAGCGGGACCUCUCACUUCGAACCAGGGAGGUUGCUGACCUGCAGCUCCGUCUAGGGUCCCAACAGGUGUCUGGUGACUCAAACGCCGCCCUUUCUCCUCUCCUGGAAGAGAUAAGCUCUCUGAGGGAUCAGUUGGCGUCUCUGGAAGCCAAGCAGCAAGAUGAGUUGUCCACGUACAAGGAGAAGCUGGAAUCUCAAGAGAAGGCCCACAGUGAGGCAGCCGCCCAGCUUCAGGCUGCAACUGUCAGGCUGUCCGGUGACAACGAGCAGCUGAAUAUGCGCUUAAGCCAGGCUGAGAAGGAGAACAGCGACGUCGCUGAGAUGUGGCGUUCCAAGUUGGAGUCGGCCAUGGCCUCCCACCAGCAAGCCAUGGAGGAGUUGAAGUUGUCCUUCAGUCAGGGUGAGGGUGCUCAGGCAGCAGAGCUUGUGGAGACCAAAAGUGCACUUGAAAGGUGGAAGCUGGAACAUUCGUUGGUUCUGGGGGCCACUGCCAAACAUGAAGCUGAUGCCACAGCUCGCAUGCAGGAGAUGCAGACCUUGAAGGAGCAGCUAUCAUCACUGACUGAUGACAAAGAGCGCCUGGAGGACGCACUACAGUCCAGCGUGGAAAAAGCAGAGAAUCAGCACCUUGUAGAGAUGGAGGACGUCCUUGGUAAGCUUCACACUGCCGAACUUAGAGUAAAGGAGCUUGAGGAGAAUGCCGACAAGCUUGCACAACAGGCCCAAGACAAGGAUAGAGAGACCAAAGAGAUGGUGUCUGCAAUGGCGGACCUUAAGAGCCAAAUGACACAAAGCAAACAGGAUCUUGAGACUCGGCUGGAAAAUGUUCAGAAUAAAGAAAACUCGCAGGGUACUAAGGUGAGUGAACUGAGCUCACUUUUGGCCGACAAAGAGAAAGAAAUUCUCACACUCCAGCAACGUUUGGCCACUGCACAGCAGGAGAAGGAUGGUGUGGAGCAACAGCUUGGAGGCUUGAAACAGCAGUUGUCUGAAAGCACAGAGGAGCACAGUAAAUCUGCCAAAACUAUGCAAGAAACCAUCGAGCGGCUUAGCAAGAAGGAGGAGCAAUGCACAUCCUUGAGCACAGAAUCAGAUUCCCUCAGGAGUCAGCUUAAUGGACUGGAGAGGAAGCUGGUGGCUGCAGAUGAGAAGCUGGAGCAGCUCACCAAGGACAAAAGCAAACUGGAGAAUGACAUUUCGGACAUGAUGAAGGCGUCCGGGGAUAGUUCAGUGCAGCUGACCAAAAUGAACGAUGGUCUCCGACAAAAAGAAAGGAGGCUAGAGGAGUUGCAGAGUCAACUUGCGGAGGAAAAGACAAGAGUGGUCGAGUUAAAUGAGCAACAUAAGCAGGCGCUUUCUCGCAAAGACCAGGACCUGCAAGAAACACGAGAUACACUCAAUUCUCAAAUCACAAGUCUCCAGGAGAAGAUUACAACCUUGGAGAAAACUGUGCAGCAGGAUGUAAGCCAAACUGAGGAGUUAAAGGCUUCUCGUGGGAAAGAAGUUAAGGUGCUGCAGGAUCUGGUUGAUCGCCUAAAGCAGGAGCUGUCCUCCGCCAAGGAAAAGAGCCAGGAGCUGGAGAAGGUGGUGUCUGAGCUGCAGCCAUACAAGGAGCAGCUUCAGUGCCUUUCUGCUGAGCUUGACUCCUCCAAGCAUGAUGUUGAACACUUGUCCAAAAAACUGGAGAAGCAGACUCUAGAUCUGGAACAGAAGUGUAAGGAAAGGGAGGAUGUUUAUGCUGAGAAAGGCAAACUGGAAAAAGAACUAUCGGAUGUGGAAAACAAGCUCUCCGGUCUGGAGCCUCGCCUGCGGGACCUUUCUGCCCAAAAUGAGGAGCUGUUAGUGACCAUAGCAACACUUUCACAGAGUAAAGAGGAAUUACUUGACAGCAACAGGCAUUCUGAUCAAGAAAUAACCUCUUUGAGCAAGAAGGUGGAGGAGCUUAUAAGUUGUCUUCAGGAAGUACAGACGGACAACACAAACCUGAAGAAAACUAAUGGAACUCACCAGGCUGAUAUUGCAGAGCUCCAGAAACAGAAUGAGAAGAAACUUCUGAUUGAAGCUAAAAACAAGCAGCUGCUUGAGGACUAUGAAAAUGUCUGCAAAGAACGAAGCAGGCUUGAAGAAGAACUCCAGGAAAGCCGGUCUAAACUCACGUGUGAGAAUGAAAGUCUCAUUUUAGAGAGAGAUGCUGCUAAAAAUGCCAAAAAUUCUCUUGAUGCUAAGAACGCUGAGAUGCAGGCCAAACUGCAAUCAUUAAACUUGGAGAAAGAAGAUCUGACAAUGAAGAUUAGCCAGCUGCAGGCCCUCACAGAGACCUUAACUAAAGAAAAGGACACCAUGUCUUCUGAAAUCAGUGAUGCCACUCUGGAUAGGAAGAACCUGGAGAGGAUAAAGGAGGAGCUCCAGAAUAAGCUCAGUCUCACCAAAAAAGACUUGGAUGGUUCUGUCCAUGAAUGCGAAGACCUGAAGGCAUCUAGACUUAGCCUCGUCCAGAUGCUGGAAGAAUUCAAGACCAGCAGUCAGGUUACUGAUUCCGAAAGGUUUCAGCUCAUGCAGGAAAAGGAGGACUUACUCUCCAUCCAAAGAAAAGUAUGCAAAGAGAAAGAGGAGCUUGUGAAAGAAAUUGAAGAGCUAAAGGAGAAGCUCCAGGACUCCGCUGAACAGCUGACUCAAUCCAGUGACAAGCUGAACGAAGCAUUGGUAUCGUUUGAACAAGAAAGACAGUUGUUCUGCACGCAGAAUUCCGAAAACGCUGAGGCUCUGCAUGCUUUGAGAAAAGAGACUCUGACUCUAGAGGCAGUACUUGAGCAGCACAAAAUGGAUUAUGAUCGUCUGGCGGGCGAGAAGGGAGAGUUAGAAGGGCAGCACACAAAGGCCAUAUCUGACAUUAGUGUUCUUUCACUUGAACGCGAUAAGCUAGCAAGCGAUGUCCGAACAACAAAAGACCAGUUGGACAGCUGCUCCAGAGCUAAUACUGAUCUUAGGCAAGUGGAGUCUCAUUUGGAAUUGACACUACAGGAAACUAAAUGCCAAAAAGAGGUAGCAGAGACCGAGUUGACCUCCUUGAGAAAGGAAAAGGCCGAACUCCAGAACAAGCUGAAGAAAUGCUCUUCAGAUAUUGAGCUCCUCGAAAAGUCCAACGCUGAUCUUGCUCAAGUGCAUAGCAGGCUAGAAACAAAUUCUGAGAACUCGAUCGCAGAUCUCACAACACGUUGCAGACAACUGCAGUCGUCACAGGUUGAAGCCGACACAAAAAUGGAGUUGCUGCAGACCGAAAAGAAAAAUCUGCUCCAGGAGAUCCAGGAGCUGAAAACACAGACUGCAUCGUUGUCCGAGGCAAAGUGUCAUCUUGAGGACCAGCUACAGGUGGAAUGUAAUGAACGUUCUAAAGCCACAUCUGACAAGGACGAUGUCUCUAAACAAGUAGAAAAGCUGCAAAACUCCUUGUCCAAACUUCAGCAGGACAAUGAAGAAAUUUCCUCUCAGCUCAAGAACACAAGUGAGCAAAAAGUGUCUUUAAUGGCGAAGAUGGAAGAUAUGAAAGCGCAACUGAAAGAGCAAGAGCAAGAAGGUCACCACUUAUCUGAAGGCAAACAAGAGCUUUUAUUAAAACUUGACCAGAUGGAUAAACAGAUGACUGCCCUUAUGACCGAGAAAGAGGACCUAUUGUCAGGACAGCAUCGGUUAGAGCAGGAUAUUUCUUCUCUACAAUCUAGCCAAGAAAAAUGGCUUGCAGAAAAGUCCCAACUCAUUAGAGAGUUAGAGAAGUCUCAGGCAGGCAACAAGCAGCUGGAAGAGGACGUUGAGGUCUACCGAGCGGACAAGGCCGCGUUGGAGAAGCAGUGUGAGGCAGCUAAGGCUCAACUUAGUGCUUCUGCCAGCGCCCGGGACGAGAUCUCUUCCAGCGCCGCUAACUUAGCAGCCGCAAAGGACACACUGAAAGCGGAGAGGGACGAGGCCGCCCAGCAGGUUGCGCAGCUCCAGUCCCAACUGAAACAUGCCGUUGCUAAGCAGCUCGAGGCCUCUGAGGCUUCUGGUAAAACUGGUGAGGCUGUUGAUCAACUCACUAAAGAGAGAGAUGCACUGCUUCAGGAGAAGAGUGAAGCCAAAGCUCUGCUUGAGGGUCUUCACACAUCUAAGCAGGACCUGGAAACACAGCUUGAAGCGCUGAAACAAGAAAGUUCCAAGCACCAGGAAGACCUGACUGCAUCCAAAGAGCAUCUUUGCACAGAGACACAGAAGACAAAGAGUCUGUCUCAGGAAAUAGAGAAGCUUAAAGAAGUGCUUUCCACAAAGUCACAGUCCCUGCAGACGUUGCAAGAUGAGAACAAGAAACUGACUCAGAACCUUCAGAACAGUCAGCAGGACCACGGCGAACUUGGGAAGCUCAAGGAUGAGUGCUCAAAACUCCAAACACAGUUGAAGGAGCUGGAGCAAAGCCUGCCAAGUUAUGCCUUCAGCGAGAGCACCUUAAAGAAGAAGAUGGACAAGCAGAAGGCCGAGUUCCAGAAGUCCGCCCUUAAAAACAGUGCCUUAAUGUCGGAGAAGGAGGAGCAGAUGGAGGCAGUGAAGACUGAGCUCGCUGCUUUGCGUGGAAAAAGUGCCUCGGCCAAUACGUUGCAGGGAGUUAUUGAGGCCUUGGAGCAGGACAAGGCUCAGCUCAAGGAGCGUGUGGAGAGACUGGAACAGCAGCAAGCUGCCCCCACAGGUGAUGCAGUUCUGGACCAACUGAGAGAAGACAAGGACACUGCAGUGAAUCAGAUUGACUUCUUGAAUUCAGUCAUUGUUGACCUCCAGAAGAAAAAUAAGGAGCAAAAGGAGAAGAUGGAGAAAAUGGCCGCCGCUGCGCUCAACGGCAACAACGUUGACAACUAUGGCGGGGGGGACAAGGAGCCCGUGAAAAAGAAGCUGCCGCCACGCCUCUUCUGCGACAUCUGCGACUGCUUCGACAUGCACGACACCGAGGACUGUCCCACGCAGGAGCAGAUGCCCGACUCGCCGCCGCACAGCUCCUACCACGGCAGCAAAGGUGAUGAGCGACCAUACUGCAACACCUGCGAGAUGUUUGGCCACUGGACCGACGCUUGCAACGAUGACCAGACAUUCUGAUGGCGCUCCCACAAUCACUGCCUUCCUCCUUCUUUCCCCACCAAUGCUGGAUGACUGUUUGAGUGUUCAGAGUUGCUUUUUAAUGCAAGCCCUUAUUUAAAUAAGAAGUACGCCAUCUUCGCACAUCUCAUGAAGCGAUUGUCUGUCAGAGUUGACUUCAUUGAUCCAUAUCUUGAUUGUUGUUUGCACAGCUUGUGGACAAAUAUAAAUAUAUAUAUAUAUAUAUAUAUAAAUCAAGUCUAUUUGAAGAAAGACACCGUGGAGUGUCGUCUUGUUUGAAAAUUGGCAAGCCAUAGUUUAUUUUUUUAAUGCUGGGAAAUACUUUUAAAGGUUUGAUAAUGUGCAUGUAGGAGAGAGGAAGACACGAGGACAUUUUGGCUUUAUUAAAAACAUUGAACACUUAUAAAAACACUUCACACACACAUCCUUACUUCUUCUUGGUUUUGUGUGCGUGUGAGAAACACAUUCAUUUUUUUUUUUUU